AUGUCCAUUUCGUCUUGUUGUUCAGUUGGCAUGAGUCGAGCAAUCAUAUCAGACCAUGUGUCCACCAGUACUUGGGCCCGACCAGCGGCUUCUCUAAGUUGGACAACAUCUGCCUCUAAACGAUCGUCUUCAUCCACAGUGGUGUCAGUGGCAUUCAGCACGGUGAGAACUGCACGGCCUUUUACUUUAAGCGUUGCCAAAACGGUGGCCAGUUGUAACCGGAUGACUGCUGACAUUGUGACGGCUGUUGUUCAGCUCAAUUCACAAAGAGUAGUUGUAGUUGUGGUGGCUGUUGUUCAGCUCAACCAAAAAGGAACGGAUAGUUGA